UCGCUCUUUUCUUUGCUUUUUUCUUUCUCUCCCCAUUCUUCGUAGCGGUUUCCUUUUUCGUUCUUGUCUAUCCCCUCUCUCUGUAAGAAAAACCAAUAAUAAUAAAAAAAAAAAACUCUGAAUUCUCUUAUGUUUUUUUUUUCUUUUAAUCCUUCACUUAAAUUCCUCGUUUUAUCUCAGAUUCACCGCCAAUAAUUAUCCCCUUGGCAUCUUUGAUUUUGUUUUGGUUUGUUUUUUUUUUUCAUUUUGUUUCCUUUUCCGGACCAAAAGCGAACGGAAAUUGUUGGAGGGAAGUAUUUUCAGUCUUUACUUCUUGCUUUGAAGCCAAAACAGACAACUCUUCGGCGAGAAGCUUGGGAGAAUUUGUAUGUCAGUUUAUUGUUUCAGUUUCGUAACUCGACAGUUAGGGUUUUGGGGGAAGGGCGUGCUUUGAAGCGGGACGUUUUUCCUUCCAGUGGAAAAAAAGAUUUUGUACAGUCACUUUCUUUAACAAUUUGUAGUAAAACCUGUCAAUUAUUUCUACAGUGUUGUCAAUUCACCUCAGAAACCAUAAUUCCGAAGCGCGAUUCUUUCAUUUUCGUUUACUGAGAGAAAUCGCGAAAGUGAAGUGUGGACUGUUACAUUUGAAGAAUUGAACGAGUCAGGGUUUUAGAGUGUUGACUUUUAGUGUGGUUGAUAAGGUCGGCGAGAUGUCGUUAUUUAUAAAAAUGGAAGUUGAUGCAUUGGAGGAUGCUGCUUGUUUGGACCCAGAGCUUUUGCAGCUUCCUGAAGUGUCUCCAUUUGCACUAAAAACCAGUCCUCAACUUGUCGAGGACUUGUUCUCGCAGUGGCUUUCUCUUCCAGAGACCGGCCAUCUGGUCAAAUCUCUGAUUGAUGAUGCAAAGGCAGGGUCCAGUGUUAAUGCCUUUGUGAACCUUUCUAAUGUAAAUGUUGUUGGGAGCAAUUCAUUGCCUUCCAUGUUUCCCAGUGGCAAUGCACCUCCACUUUCUCCAAGAAGCUCAUCUGGUUCUCCUCGCAUGUCGAAGCAGAAGUCCAGCCCUUCAGCUCUUGGCUCUCCGUUGAAAUUAGUCAGUGAACCAAUGCAAGAAGUCAUUCCACAGAGUUUAAAACAGUGACAAAGGAAGUUUGCAAGCUACCAUCUUUCCUCUCUUCUGCACUUUUUAGAAAGAUAGAUGUAGACUGUACUGGAAUAGUGACCAGAGAUGCCUUUAUUAAGUAUUGGGUUGAUGGCCACAUGCUGACAAUGGAUAUAGCAACUCAAACAUUUGAAAUUCUUAGGCAGCCAGGCCGCAAGCACCUCAUUCAGGUUGAUUUCAGACCUGUUCUUCGAGAACUUUUGGCAACCCAUCCAGGAUUAGAAUUCCUGAGAAGCACACCUGAGUUUCAAGAUAGAUAUGCUGAAACUGUCAUAUACAGAAUAUUUUAUCACAUCAAUAGAUCGGGAAAUGGCCGUCUUACUCUCAGGGAGCUGAAACGUGGAAAUCUGAUUGUGGCCCUGCAACAUGCUGAUGAGGAAGAGGACAUUAACAAAGUCCUUAGGUACUUCUCAUAUGAACACUUUUAUGUUAUAUACUGUAAGUUUUGGGAGUUGGACACAGACCACGAUUUCUUCAUUGACAGAGAAAACCUCAUCAGAUUCGGCAAUCAUGCCCUUACCUACAGGAUUGUUGAUAGAAUCUUUUCGCAGGCUCCACAUCAGUUUACUAGUGAGGUGGAAGGGAAGAUGGGGUAUGAAGACUUUGUUUACUUCAUGCUCUCAGAGGAGGACAAAUCAUCUGAGCCUAGUCUUGAAUAUUGGUUCAAGUGUAUAGAUUUGGAUGGAAAUGGUGUGCUCACGCCCAAUGAAAUGCAAUUUUUCUAUGAGGAGCAGCUGCAUCGUAUGAAAUGCAUGGCCCAAGAACCUGUGCUCUUUGAGGACAUAUUGUGUCAAAUAUUCGACAUGAUUGCACCUGAGAGAGAAGAUUUUAUCACGCUACAGGACUUGAAAGGGUGCAAACUUUCAGGAAAUGUUUUUAACAUCCUUUUCAAUCUUAACAAGUUUAUGGCUUUUGAAACACGUGAUCCAUUCGUGAUUAGGCAGGAACGUGAGGAUCCAACUUUGACAGAGUGGGAUCGCUUUGCACAUAGAGAGUAUAUCAGGCUUUCAAUGGAAGAAGAUGUUGAAGAUGCCUCAAAUGGGAGUGCUGAAGUUUGGGAUGAGUCCCUUGAAGCUCCAUUUUAAGUUUAGUGGGGCGACUUUUAUUGGACCUUGUCUAAUAUAUUCGAGGUGAAUGAAGAAAGCUUGGCUACAUGGAGACACUGCAGAUGAUGGUGAUCUGGAGCUGCAAAUUCAUCAGCCACAAAUAUCAAGUUGGGUCAUAGAGCUUUUAUGCCCUUAUUUCACCUGCAGGCUAUUUGCAAUUAUGCUGUGCUGCACUCAAGUUCCACAGUGAAAUCUCCAGUCAGGAAAGCUAAUUGCUUCUUUAGGGAGGAAGGGAUGAUCUCUAUCCUUAAUUAAUCAUCACCCAGGUAUCCAAUCAACAGUCUGCAACUGUUUUAAAAGUCGUUUUGUUAAUUGGUUAAGACAGCCAUUUGCUUUUAUCGUUGCCUUUGAGCCCCGGAUGGAGAGGUGGAUAGCAUGCUUGCCUAGUUAACGUGUUGUGGGCCUAUUCGCGGCUAGACAGAACCUCCCCCCUUCCCUACCCAUAAGGUACUUGUUCUUUUUUAGAUUCAUAGUGGGAGAAGGGAGGGGGAAAAGAACACAGUAAAGCACUGAAAUUUCAACAUUGCAGGAAGGAUACUGAAAUCCUAUAUUCUUUCAUUCAUCACCAUGUGAAAAUGAUCAGGUUUUUCUUCCA